AUGGGAUAUGGAGCGGCGUCUUUGACAGUGUGGGUUGAUGGCGAGAGAGUGUUUGUGUUGUCGUUCGGAUUCAUCACGAACACGGGCGUCCGUAUGAUUCUUGUACUCGACGCGACGUCAGCUGCCUCCCUGAAAGAUCAGGAGAUCCGUCUGAUCUUCAAACGAUUCCAUGGCCACUACUGUAAUACCAUCUCCAAUCCAUUCUACGAAAUUGGAACCCCAAUGCAAUCCAAAUGGUUCGACGAGGGAAUUCGUGAUUUGUAUUCGAUUAGCGAAUGA